AUGGGGUCUUUGGAAGCCGCACCUAGGCACAGAGACCCUUUACCCGCGAUAGGUUUCCUAGGCAAAGACGGAUCGGGAUACACCUCCAGACACCCUUCUAGCGCCAACUCUUCUCCAACUCCUCUGAUGAGUCCCAACGCCAUGUACGGACAAUCGCUACCUUACUCCUACGCGUCGAAUGCACCUCCAGGGUACAUCUCGUCGCCGGAGGCACGUCGCGCCAUCGAAGACGAGAAGGAAAAGCACACCCCAAGACAAUCCCUCCCAUCAAUCCACGAGGCCCUCGGAAAUGACAAUCCUCUCCCAUACCCUGCGUCCACCUCCGCUCCUCCACCACCAUCUGCACACCCUGCGCCUUCACAUCUCAUCGGACGACCGAGCGCAGAAGGUCCAGCUGGCCCACCCAAUCCCUUUUCAAAUGGACCGACGGGACCCUUGAUGCGGGAACCCGGUUUCCCUCAUCAAGCUCAGUUGGAUGCAUCGCGCUCCAGUCUCACCUCCAUCAACACAGAUUCGCGCAACCCUUCACUACACUCCAUCAGCACGGGCAAGUCCCCGACACAAAGCGCCAAAACGGGAAUCACAUCCGUUGGAUCGCAAAAUUCAUCUGGGUAUGAAUACAGUGCGCCAACCUCCGCCGGUAGCGUGGCUUCGCCCAACGGUUACGGCCAUUUCCCCCAAAUUACUCCUUCCAACCACAGUCCGGCCACACGUACCCUCCCCCUUACGACAAUCGUCCCUACAUGGGCGCACCGCGGGUGGAAGAAGUCAAGGCGGCAUCUGGAUGUCUAUGAUGUGGAGACAUCUUUGAAUGAGAUCGCCGAAUUGAGUACGCGAACCCUAGACUUUUCACGGCACUACGCAGCUCGCGCACAUCAGACCCAGAGAUCUGGCCCGCUAUUAGGAUCCCUUCCCUCGCUAAAUGAAGUGGAGGACAUGCUUCACAUGCAACGGCGGAACCAAGAUGCCCUGAUCCGGAUACGUACAGCCGUGGUGAACCAAGAACAGGCCCUCGCCGAACAAAUGGCUCAGCGAAAGGCGUUCAAGACCGAAGAUGACCACAUGGCGAUGUACCAAGAAGAGUUCAAAGGCACGGGUGGGUUUGCAGGCGCAGACCCAAAGAAACGGCGUGGAAAAGCGGCUCCUCCUGGACGUUGCCACAGCUGUAACCGAGCCGAAACACCAGAAUGGCGUCGGGGCCCGGACGGUGCCCGGACGUUGUGUAACGCCUGCGGUCUACAUUACGCCAAGCUCACUCGCAAGAUGGGCGCUCACAAGGCGGCGAGCCUAGGUUCAAACCUGAAGCCCAAGUCGGUUCUUGACUCCGCCUCACCAACAAGUCAUUAA